UCCCAUCGUACAUUUCGCCAAAGCUUUGUGUCACAACAAUUAGUUUCCGGUAGGGAACGAGGUAUCGCCAACGACAGAGGACAAACCAGACGAGCGAGGUGUCAAACAUGUCUGUGGAUUGGGUGGGCUAUGGAUACGCAGCCCUGGUGGCGUCGGGGGGAGUCGUCGGCUACGUGAAAGCAGGCAGUGUUCCUUCCCUGGCUGCCGGGCUUCUCUUUGGGGGUCUCGCAGGCGCGGGCGCCUAUCAGAUCUCCAAUGACCCCGCCAACAUUUGGCUGUCUCUCGUUACAUCGGGCGCGCUGACGGGUGUCAUGGGAAAAAGGUUCUACGGCUCCAGGAAGUUCAUGCCUGCCGGCCUAAUGGCGGGUGCGAGUCUGCUGAUGGUGGGGAAACUCGGCAUGGUGUUGCUGAACAAACCUCAGCAGUCCUGAUGGCCAAAGUGUAAUCCUUGACAAUUGCAUCGGUUGACAUCAAAAUCUUAAAUUCAAGCCGAUGCUUUAUUGACUGGAGUACAAAUUAUAUUGUAUGUCAAGAUCAUUUUGUAUAAAGAGCUUGAAAUAAAAAAGUCCGUCGA